CUGUGGAUCCAAGAUACCUAUUUAAAAAAACGACUAUAUUUUUUUGAGGGGGAAAUCAUUCGAAUACUUCUCCCCCACAGGGUAAAUAAGAAUUGGUACCCGAUGUUUUCCUGGUGACAAAUAUGAUAUUAAUUUUAGGUUUCUUGAUAGUAAUUACGAAAUGCUCCAUACAAUUUUUUUUAUUAUUAUCGUGAUACAACAUUCAGGUAUGCAAUGAGGCUGAAUACUAAUUUUAUGAACCAUCGAACCUAUUUGAUAGAAAUUCGAUUCAACGAGAUUAUGAGACAACACUUCACAAUAAAUAUAACUAAAUUGAUUCUGAUGAUAUUUGGUUACACAACAUUGCAAUUAAUCUUGGACAAGACUAAUUAAAAAAUCCAAAAUUUGCCAGAAGUCAUCAUUACUAUACGCGGACGAAGUCGCGGCGAACAGCUAGUUCUACAUAAAGUACCUCUUUUUAAUUUUUUAGAAUCUGUUAUGUUAUUAUAAUCACUGUGACUCAUUUACAGCGAACGAUGAGAACAUAUUUAAGUACUUAAGAAUUUAUAAAACCCAAAUAUAGUGAUAUUGAAAUGAAAGUGAUAAUUUCCAAGAUGUUCAGCUUCCUGAUGCAAUACCUAUUCGUACAUGAUUAGCAAGUAGAGGAAUGUGGCAGCCUACUGCCUAGUGGCCUAGACAUGUGAGGGCGCUAGUGCAGCGCUAUCGCGGCGCGGUCACCGGCGCGCACCCGGAUGGCUGCGUGUUUGUAAACAGGCAAGGUGCAUAGGGCAGGGCCGGGGCGCGGGGACGCGGGGGCGCGGGGGCGAGGAUACACCAGCCCCAGGAAAAUUUUACCGUGCGGGGUGGCUCGCCUCCCGGCAUUGCCCGCCCCUUAUCGCGAGCGCUUAUCUGUCCGAGCACUAUAUAACGAGCCACACUCGAGCAGUCACCACAUUCGUUGUCUGUUGCAGCCGCAAACGUUUCGAAGUGUUUCCGCCUCCUGUCAGUGAAGAGCAUCACAAUGGUCGCCAAGUUGUUCGUAUUGGUCGCUUGCAUCGCGCUGAGCCAUGCCGCCAUGGUGCGCCGCGACGCGCCGCCCGCCAACACUCUCCUGCAGGACAUCGAAAAGCACGCUGCAGAGUUCCACAAGACCUUCUCUGAACAACUGAACUCGAUCGCCAACUCGAAGAACACGCAGGAAGUGAACAAGGCCAUCAAGGAUGGCUCCGACUCCGUGCUGCAGCAACUGUCCGCGCUGUCCAGCAGCCUGCAGAGUGCGAUGACCGACGCCAACGCCAAAGCCAAGACCGCGCUGGAGCAGGCGCGCCAGAACCUCGAGAAGACGGCAGAGGACCUCCGCAAGUCACACCCCGACGUGGAGAGGCAGGCCGGCGAGCUCCGCACCAAGCUGCAGGCCGCCGUGCAGAACACCGCACAGGAGGUGCAGAAGCUCGCCAAGGAGGUGGCCAGCAACGUGGAAGAGACCAAUGAGAAGCUGGCGCCCAAGCUGAAGGAAGCGUACGAGAACUUCUCCAAACACGUCGAGGAGGUACAGAAGAAGGUGCACGAGGCCGCCAGCAAGCAGUAAGCCACCACGCCCCCCCCCCGCGCCCC